ACAUAUGUCACUGUUACUUAUCUAAGUUUUGAAAGCAUGAUGAAAGAAAUUAGGAGGCAGUUUCUCUCCCCUCAGACUCCCCUUUCCCAAUCUAAGAGGGUAGCAAAAAGCUCACAGAGGUUCCCUCACAAUGCAACAUGUGAGAUGCCACAGGACAUCUCACAUGGGCUGAUCAUGCCUUCUGCCAGCUUUCUCCAGUCCUUCCCCACAGCCCAUGGGGAGCUUCGGAGCAGCAGAGGAGGGCAGAGCCUGAGCCUCCUCUCUUUGCCUUCUGGGUGAGCCCCUGGGCUCAGAAUAGGAGUUUCAGCAGAGUUUGCAGCCAGGUGGGAUCCUUGGAGCUGGUUGGUUUGUGCUGUCCGGUCCGCCUACCCUCCUCCAUCAAAGAGCCGGGGCCCUUGCCUCCCACUUGCUUGUGGCUCCUGGAAGCUUUGGCCUGACGGCCUCUUCGUCCUGCAGCACCCCCCACACGGCCCUACUUCUCCCAGAGCCGUGACAGCAGCGCAGAGCCGGUGACCCGGAGGCGACGCGGGAGGUUGCGCAGUCCCGGGAGGCGGAGACCUGGCAGGCGGUGGGUGCUCCACCCACAGAAGCCUGUUGUUCUCAGGGCCGGUCCAGCAGACCCCGAAGGCGGACUGGUGUCCAACAUCCCCGCGGUCGCCUCCAGGAGGAGCGGGAGCCUCACCGCCCGCAGAGCAGCGCAGCGCCGCUCCACGCCCGCCCCGGCCGGCACGAUGCCGCCGCUUUACCCGAAGGUGAAGCCCAACCCGCUGCAGAAAGCGAACCUCUGCUCGCGCCUGUUCUUCUGGUGGCUAAACCCCUUGUUUAAAAUUGGUCAUAAACGGAAAUUAGAAGAAGAGGACAUGUACUCGGUGCUUCCGGAAGAUCGCUCCCAGCGCCUUGGAGAAGAGCUGCAAGGGUACUGGGAUCAAGAAGUGUUGAGAGCCCAGGAGGAUGCUCGGGAGCCUUCUUUAAUAAAAGCAAUCGUAAAGUGCUACGGGAAAUCCUACUUAGUUUGGGGAAUGUUAACAUGUCUUGAGGAAGGCACCAGAGUAGUCCAACCUAUAUUUUUGGGGAAAAUGAUUAGUUAUGUUGAAAACUACGAUCCCACUGAUUCUGCCGCUUUGCACAAAGCCUACGGCUACGCGGCAGGGCUGAGCGCCUGUAUGCUCCUGUGGGCCGUUCUGCACCACUUGUGCUUCUACCACAUGCAGCGUGUGGGGAUGAGGCUGAGAGUAGCCGUGUGCCAUAUGAUCUACCGCAAGGCCCUUCGCCUGAGUAGCUCGGCCAUGGGGAAGACCACCACAGGCCAGAUAGUCAACCUGCUGUCCAACGAUGUGAACAGGUUUGACCAGGUAACAAUGUUCUUGCACUAUCUGUGUGUGGGGCCACUGCAGACUAUCACAGUGACUACCCUGCUCUGGAUGGAAAUAGGAAUAUCGUGUCUUGCUGGAAUGGUGGUUCUCAUUAUUCUUCUGCUUUUGCAAAGCUGCUUUGGGAUGUUGUUUUCAUCACUCCGUUAUAAGCAUCCCAAGGGCCAGGCUGAUCUUCAUUGUGUCUUCAUGAAGCCCCGCAUUCACAGCAGUACAUGUGAUAGAAAAGUGGCUGGUGGUGAAGAGCCUUCUGGUGAUGAGUUAGACCUGAAGCAGGUCCCAGAGAGUUGGAGGAGUAAGACCGCAGCUCUCACAGACAACAGGAUCAGGACCAUGAGCGAAGUCAUAACUGGGAUCAGAACAAUAAAAAUUAAUGCUAGGGAAAAGUCAUUUAUAGACCUUAUUACCAGACUGAGAAGAAAGGAAAUUUCCAAGAUUCUGAGAAGUUCCUACCUUAGGGGAAUGAAUUUGGCAACAUUUUUCGCUGUGAGCAAAAUCAUGAUUUUCGUUACCUUCAUCGCCAAUGAGCUCCUUGACAACCUGAUCACAGCCAGCCAAGUGUUUGUGGUGGUGACGCUGUUCGAGGUUCUGCGGUUUUCGAACACCCUCUACUUCCCCAUGGCUGUCGAGAAGGUGUCAGAGGCUGUUGUCAGCAUCCGAAGAAUCAAGAACUUUCUGUUACUUGAUGAGAUGUCACAGUGCUACCCUCAGCUGCCAUCAGAUGGUAGAACGAUUGUGGAUGUGCAGGCAUUUACUGCUUUUUGGGAAAAGGCAUCAGAGACCCCAACCCUACAAGACCUUUCAUUUACUGUCAGACCUGGUGAACUGUUAGCUGUGGUUGGACCUGUGGGCUCAGGAAAGUCGUCACUGUUAUGUGCUCUGCUGGGGGAGCUACCCCCGAGCCAAGGGAAGGUCAGCAUCCACGGGAAGAUCGCGUAUGUCUCUCAACAGCCCUGGUUGUUUCCAGGAACUGUGAAGAGUAACAUUUUAUUUGGGAAGAAAUAUGAAGAAGAACGAUAUGAAAAAGUAAUAAAGGCUUGUGCUUUGAAAAAGGAUUUACAGCUUUUGGAGGAAGGAGAUCUAACUGAGAUAGGAGACAGAGGAACCCCGCUGAGUGAAGGACAGAAAGCCCGGGUCAGCCUCGCCAGAGCCGUGUAUCAGGACGCAGACAUCUACCUCCUGGACGAUCCGCUCAGCGCAGUGGAUGCAGGAGUCAGCAGGCACUUGUUUGAACAGUGUGUCCAUCAGGCCUUGAAGGAGAAGAUCACAAUCUUAGUCACGCAUCAGUUGCAGUACCUAAAAGAUUCAAGUCAGAUUCUGAUAUUGAAAGAUGGGAUAACGGUGGAAAGAGGAACUUACUCUGAGUUCCUGAAAUCCGAGGUAGAUAUUUUUUCCUUUUUUGAGAAGGGAAAUGAGCAGUCUGAACCAUCUCCAGUUCCAGGAACUCCUACUGUGAUCACUGAGUCUUUGGUUCAGUCUUUCCAGUCUCCCAGGCCCUCGUUAAAAGAUGCAGCUCCAGAGGACCAAGAAACUGAGAAUAUACAGGUUACACUACCUCUAGAGGACCAUUUGGAAGGAAAAGUUGGUUUUAAGACCUAUAAGAAUUACUUCACAGCUGGUGCUGACUGGCCUGUCAUCAUCUUCCUUAUUCUAGUAAACAUCGCAGCUCAGGUUGCCUACAUCCUGCAAGAUUGGUGGCUUGCAUUCUGGGCGAAUGUACAAAAUGACCUGUAUUGGAGGGGAUAUGUAAAAGAAGAUGAAGAUAUAGUAUUCGUUCUGAACUGGUACUUAAGAGUUUAUUCAGGGUUAACUGUGUCUACUGUCCUUUUUGGUAUCACAAGAUCUCUGUUGAUAUUCUACAUCCUUGUUAAUUCUUCACGAGCUUUGCAUGACAAAAUGUUGAAGGCCAUUUUAAGAGCUCCGGUAUUGUUCUUCCAUAGAAAUCCAAUAGGAAGAAUUUUGAAUCGUUUCUCCAAAGCCAUUGGGCAUAUGGAUGACUUGCUUCCCAUGAUAUUUCUUGAUUUCAUCCAGACAUUUCUACUUGUGAUUGGUGUGGUGGGCGUGAUGGUGGCUGCAGUUCCUUGGACUGCUAUACCUGUGAUUCCCCUUGGCAUCACUUUCUUUUUUCUUCGGUGGUAUUUCUUAGAGACGUCACGAGAUGUGAAACGCCUGGAAUGUACAACUCGGAGCCCGGUGUUUUCCCACUUAGCAUCUUCUCUGCAGGGGCUCUGGACCAUCCGGGCAUACAAAUCUGAACAGAGGUUUCAAGAGCUGUUCGACACAUAUCAGGAUUUGCACUCAGAGGCUUGGUUCCUGCUUUUGACGACGUCCCGAUGGCUCGCUGUGUAUCUGGAUGUCAUCUGUGCCAUCUUUGUCACUGUUGUUGCCUUUGGGGCCCUGAUCCUGGUAGAAUCUUUGGAUGCUGGGCAUGUUGGUCUGGUCCUGUCGCUCACCAUCAUACUUACCAGUAUGUUCCAGUGGUGCAUCAGGCAAAGUGUGGAAGUUGAGAACAUGAUGAUUUCAGUAGAAAGGGGGAUUGAAUACACAGACCUUGUGAAAGAAGCAUCCUGGGAACUCAAGUAUAUUCCACUGCCAUCCCGGCCCAACGAGGGAGUUUUCUUUAACUAUGUGAAUUUCAGGCAUAAGCCGGACGGGCCUCUGGUAUUAAGGAAUGUGCAUGAAUUCUUUUACCCAGGAAGAAAGUAUGGCAUCGUGGGAAGAACAGGAGCUGGAAAAAGUUCCCUCAUUGCUGCCCUUUUUAGACUCUCAGAACCUGAAGGUGACAUUUUCAUUGAUGGCAUCUUGACAACACGUUUCGGACUUCACGAUUUAAGGAAGAAAAUGUCAGUUGCGCUUCAGGUAUGCACAGCAGAGCACUCUCAUAUGUUCUUUUUUAUAAGGUAUCUAAGUUUAAGUGCUUUUAAUUCUAUUGUUUUUUUCCAAAUUAAGUGAACAAGUUGAUCCUUUUUUUCCCAAUAGAGCAUAUUUUUAGCAGGAGGUAUUUUCAACAGACACUUUCAUUGGA